CUCUCAGGGUUGCUUGCGUUGUCACAUGAUCUCACUUUUCUCAUGUGACACAUUUCCUAUUGCAAUAUUGCACGAUCGGCAGUACGAUGAGAGGGCUGACCCUUCUCCCCCUGUUGGUGGCCAUUGUACACUGUGAUACUCUGUAUUUCCGACCACGGGAAAGUCCGGUCUCUGGAGUUUCCUGUCCAGACAACAAAACUGUAUGUCCUGAUGGCAGCACCUGUUGUGCAGGGAAAACUGAAGAAUAUCUUUGCUGUCCUCUCAGCAGCGCUGUAUGCUGUAGUGACAAAAUUCACUGUUGCCCCAUGGGAUACGAGUGUAAUGUAACCACGUCACAAUGCCAGAAAGGGGCCUUAAUUCAAUCGUGGAUUCCAAGCAAAGAUUAUAAGAAGAAAGCGUCCCUAAUUUCUGGUAAUGUAAUGUGCCCCGAUGGUCAACACGAAUGUAAGGAUGGACAGACCUGUUGUAAACUGGCCAGUGGACAGUGGGGAUGCUGUCCCAUUCCUAAGGCUGUGUGCUGUAGUGAUGGAAAACACUGUUGUCCAGAAAGCACCAAAUGUGAGGUCUCCCAGGGGAAAUGUAUGAGGGGAACUGGAGAAAUGUUGGACUGGUUUGAGAAAGAGCCAGCAUUGCUGAGAUCUGAAAAUGUGGUUUGUCCUGACGGUCAGUCAGAAUGCAAGAGCGGACAGACAUGUUGUAAAUUGGCCUCUGGGAAUUAUGGAUGCUGUCCCAUCCAAAAGGCUGUUUGCUGCAGUGACAUGAAACACUGCUGUCCAGAAGGAACAACAUGUGAUGUGUCCUCUGGGAAGUGUAACAGAGGCAACACUUAUGUGAUGGACUGGAUGGACAAACAGCCUGCUGUGGUCAGGGCUGGGAGUGUGAUGUGUCCCGAUGGUCAACAUGAAUGUAAGGACAGACAGACCUGUUGUAAACUGGCCAGUGGACAGUGGGGAUGCUGUCCCAUUCCUAAGGCUGUGUGCUGUAGUGAUGGUAAGCACUGUUGCCCAGAAAGCACCAAAUGUGAGGUCUCCCAGGGGAAAUGUAUGAGGGGAACUGGAGAAAUGUUGGACUGGUUUGAGAAAGAGCCAGCUUUGCUGAGAUCUGAAAAUGUGGUUUGUCCUGACGGUCAGUCAGAAUGCAAAUCUGGACAGACAUGUUGUAAAUUGGCCUCUGGGAAUUAUGGAUGCUGUCCCAUCCCAAAGGCUGUUUGCUGCAGUGACAUGAAACACUGCUGUCCAGAAGGAACAACAUGUGAUGUGUCCUCUGGGAAGUGUAACAGAGGCAACACUUAUGUGAUGGACUGGAUGGACAAACAGCCUGCUGUGGUCAGGGCUGGGAGUGUGAUGUGUCCCGAUGGUCAACAUGAAUGUAAGGACAGACAGACCUGUUGUAAACUGGCCAGUGGACAGUGGGGAUGCUGUCCCAUUCCUAAGGCUGUUUGCUGUAGUGAUGGAAAACACUGUUGCCCAGAGAGCACCAAAUGUGAGGUUUCCCAGGGGAAAUGUAUGAGGGGAACUGGAGAAAUGUUGGACUGGUUUGAGAAAGAGCCAGCAUUGGUGAGAUCUGAAAAUGUGGUUUGUCCUGACGGUCAGUCACAAUGCAAAUCUGGACAGACAUGUUGUAAAUUGGCUUCUGGGAAUUAUGGAUGCUGUCCUAUACCAAAGGCUGUUUGCUGCAGUGACAUGAAACACUGCUGUCCAGAAGGAACAACAUGUGAUGUGUCCUCUGGGAAGUGUAAGAGAGGCAACACUUAUGUGAUGGACUGGAUGGACAAACAGCCUGCUGUGGUCAGGGCUGGGAGUGUGAUGUGUCCUGAUGGUCAACAUGAAUGUAAGGACGGACAGACCUGUUGUAAACUGGCCAGUGGACAGUGGGGAUGCUGUCCCAUUCCUAAGGCUGUGUGCUGUAGUGAUGGUAAGCACUGUUGCCCAGAAAGCACCAAAUGUGAGGUCUCCCAGGGGAAAUGUAUGAGGGGAACUGGAGAAAUGUUGGACUGGUUUGAGAAAGAGCCAGCAGUGCUGAGAUCUGAAAAUGUGGUUUGUCCUGACGGUCAGUCACAAUGCAAGAGCGGACAGACAUGUUGUAAAUUGGCUUCUGGGAAUUAUGGAUGCUGUCCCAUCCCAAAGGCUGUUUGCUGCAGUGACAUGAAACACUGCUGUCCAGAAGGAACAACAUGUGAUGUGUCCUCUGGGAAGUGUAAGAGAGGCAGCACUUAUGUGAUGGACUGGAUGGACAAACAGCCUGCUGUGGUCAGGGCUGGGAGUGUGAUGUGUCCCGAUGGUCAACAUGAAUGUAAGGACGGACAGACCUGUUGUAAACUGGCCAGUGGACAGUGGGGAUGCUGUCCCAUUCCUAAGGCUGUUUGCUGUAGUGAUGGAAAACACUGUUGUCCAGAAGGAACAACAUGUGAUGUGUCCUCUGGGAAAUGUAAUAGAGGUAGCACUUAUGUGAUGGACUGGAUGGACAAACAGCCUGCUGUGGUCAGGGCUGGGAGUGUGAUGUGUCCCGAUGGUCAACAUGAAUGUAAGGACGGACAGACCUGUUGUAAACUGGCCAGUGGACAGUGGGGAUGCUGUCCCAUUCCUAAGGCUGUUUGCUGUAGUGAUGGAAAACACUGCUGCCCAGAAAACACCAAAUGUGAGGUCUCCCAGGGGAAAUGUAUGAGGGGAACUGGAGAAAUGUUGGACUGGUUAAAGAAAGAGCCAGCAGUGCUGAGAUCGAAAAAUGUGGUUUGUCCUGAUGGUCAGUCAGAAUGCAAAUCUGGACAGACAUGUUGUAAAUUGGCCUCUGGGAAUUAUGGAUGCUGUCCUAUACCAAAGGCUGUUUGCUGCAGUGACAUGAAACACUGCUGUCCAGAAGGAACAACAUGUGAUGUGUCCUCUGGGAAGUGUAAGAGAGGCAACACUUAUGUGAUGGACUGGAUGGACAAACAGCCUGCUGUGGUCAGGACUGGGAGUGUGAUGUGUCCCGAUGGUCAACAUGAAUGUAAGGACGGACAGACCUGUUGUAAACUGGCCAGUGGACAGUGGGGAUGCUGUCCCAUUCCUAAGGCCGUUUGUUGCAAUGAUGGAAAACACUGCUGCCCAGAAAACACCAAAUGUGAAGUCUCCCAGGGGAAAUGUAUGAGGGGAACUGGAGAAAUGUUGGACUGGUUUGAGAAAGAGCCAGCAUUGGUGAGAUCUGAAAAUGUGGUUUGUCCUGAUGGUCAGUCAGAAUGCAAAUCUGGACAGACAUGUUGUAAAUUGGCUUCUGGGAAUUAUGGAUGCUGUCCUAUACCAAAGGCUGUUUGCUGCAGUGACAUGAAACACUGCUGUCCAGAAGGAACAACAUGUGAUGUGUCCUCUGGGAAGUGUAAGAGAGGCAACACUUAUGUGAUGGACUGGAUGGACAAACAGCCUGCUGUGGUCAGGGCUGGAAGUGUGAUGUGUCCCGAUGGUCAACAUGAAUGUAAGGACGGCCAGACCUGUUGUAAACUGGCCAGUGGACAGUGGGGGUGCUGUCCCAUUCCUAAGGCUGUGUGUUGCAGUGAUGGAAAACACUGCUGCCCAGAAAACACCAAAUGUGAGGUCUCCCAGGGGAAAUGUAUGAGGGGAACUGGAGAAAUGUUGGACUGGUUUGAGAAAGAGCCAGCAUUGGUGAGAUCUGAAAAUGUGGUUUGUCCUGAUGGUCAGUCAGAAUGCAAGAGCGGACAGACAUGUUGUAAAUUGGCCUCUGGGAAUUAUGGAUGCUGUCCUAUACCAAAGGCUGUUUGCUGCAGUGACAUGAAACACUGCUGUCCAGAAGGAACAACAUGUGAUGUGUCCUCUGGGAAGUGUAAGAGAGGCAGCACUUAUGUGAUGGACUGGAUGGACAAACAGCCUGCUGUGGUGAGGGCUGGGAGUGUGAUGUGUCCCGAUGGUCAACAUGAAUGUAAAGACGGCCAGACCUGUUGUAAACUGGCCAGUGGACAGUGGGGAUGCUGUCCCAUUCCUAAGGCUGUUUGCUGUAGUGAUGGUAAACAUUGUUGCCCAGAAAGCACUAAAUGUGAGGUCUCCCAGGGGAAAUGUAUUAGAGCGGACAGUCUGAGCAUGGACUGGUUUGAGAAGUUGCCAGCUCUGAGAACCCGAAAUGUUGUCUGUCCUGACGGACAAUCCCAGUGCAAGGAUGGACAGACUUGCUGUAAGCUGGCUACUGGUCAAUAUGGCUGCUGUCCUAUUCCAAAGGCUGUCUGCUGCAGUGAUGGAAAGCACUGUUGUCCAGAAAACACUCAGUGUGAUGUGUCCUCAGGAAAAUGCAAGCGAGGAGACGAAUUAUCAAUGGAUUGGUUUGCAAAGCUGCCAGCUUUGAGAUCCAAAAAUGUGGUUUGUCCUGAUGGCCAGUCAGAAUGCAAGACCAGUCAGACAUGUUGUAAAUUGGCCUCUGGAAACUAUGGAUGCUGCCCUAUACCAAAAGCAGUUUGCUGUAGUGACAUGAAACACUGUUGUCCAGAAAACACCAAGUGUGACGUCUCAUCUGGGAAGUGUACGAGAGGGGACGGUCUCAUCGUGGACUGGUUUGAGAAAAUGCCACUGGCUGUGAGGUCAAGAGGUCAGGGGGAGGCUUCCUCCGUCAUGUGCCCCGACGGUGCCUCAGAGUGCGAAGAUGGGCAAACAUGUUGUCUGUUAGCCAGUGGAAAAUACGGCUGUUGCCCUAUUCAAGAUGCCGUCUGCUGCUCUGACCAUGUCCACUGUUGCCCCCAAGGAACCAAAUGCGACAUUCAGGAAAAGAAAUGCAUAGGGAAACCCGCAGCCAACCUAGGGGUCAUCUCCAUGGAUAUGAUCCAGAUUCAGGGCAAAGGUCAAGAGAAGUCCCAUCUGGAACUCUUGUUAAAACUUCCUACCGAGAAUGUAGAAUGUCCAGAUGGACAGUCGGAAUGUAAGACUGGACAGACUUGCUGUAAAACGGCCGCUGGAAAUUAUGGAUGUUGCCCACUGCCAAAGGCUGUUUGCUGCAGUGACAUGAAACACUGCUGUCCAGAAGGAACAACAUGUGAUGUGUCCUCUGGGAAGUGUAAGAGAGGCAACACUUAUGUGAUGGACUGGAUGGACAAACAGCCUGCUGUGGUCAGGGCUGGGAGUGUGAUGUGUCCCGAUGGUCAACAUGAAUGUAAAGACGGACAGACCUGUUGUAAACUGGCCAGUGGACAGUGGGGAUGCUGUCCCAUUCCUAAGGCUGUUUGCUGUAAUGAUGGAAAACACUGCUGCCCAGAAAACACCAAAUGUGAGGUCUCCCAGGGGAAAUGCACUAGAGGAACUGGACUAGUUUUGGACUGGUUUGAGAAGCUGCCAGCUCUAAAGAGACCUGGUCUUGUAGAGUUGAUAAAAAAGGAUAAUACUAUAGUGUGUCCAGACCAGAAGACAUCUUGUCCAGAUAAAAAUACAUGCUGUAAAAACAAGGAAGGCAAAUUUGGAUGCUGUGCAUAUAACAAUGCUGUGUGUUGUAAGAGUGGAACGUACUGCUGCCCCAAGGGAUACAUUUGUGAUACCCUCCCAGAAAUCUGCCGCAUGCCAGAGGCGAAGGAAGCAUGGAAGAACACGGCCAAUAGGUUUAUACAAAACAUCCUGCGUAGAAAAGUUCAGGAGCAACCUUAAAUGCCAGAGAAAAAUAUUCACACGUUUUAAAAGUUACAUGAUUUGGUGCAAAUUAUUUUGUGAUAUUGGUCAAAGAGCUAAAUAUUGUUAAUAUCAGAAAAGCUUUUCAAAGUCUUUAUUUCAUUCUCAUCAUUAAUUUCCAAGUUACCAAGAGAACGGGUGUUAAUGAUAUUUUUCUGAUGCUGGUAGUUUUAGUUAUAAUUGUCAGACUAAUAGCUAGAAUUUUGGUGAUUAGGUAUGCACAUGUGAUUUUGAUGUGAUUGUAUAUACACAAUUUCUGAAUGUUACGUGUAUGAAACGACAAAAGUAGUAAGUUGUACUUACAAUUUUUUAUUCAUUUGGUGUUACUUUGUGUAAAUGUUACAAUUUGUGUGCGGCUUACGUUUUGAAAUAAAUGUUAGGGUUGCAAAACGAAUUUAUAAAGAAAGGCGGCCAUUUUAUUUCACUGCAUUUUUUUUUUACAUCAGGGUAAGAUAAUUAAAGAUAUAUUUAAGCACCUUUAAUUUGAAAGAAAGUUGAAUACUAUCUAGCUAGUGAUUUACCAAUUCAACUGUUUUAAUUUAAUUCAAACUUUGCUUUCACUAUUUAGUCUAGAUUUGUUCAUCCGUGUUAAACCAACUUAUAGAGUUUGUAGAAAUCUUUCUAAAUUUUUUCAGUAGAGUAACCUUGUGACAAAUUUUUCUUACCUGUAAAUCAUUAGUAAGAAAGAGUUUGCUAUCUCCUUGUAACUUAAACGCAAAUCAGCUUCUUGUUUAUAUAGAAUUGAGGAACGUUUUGUUUCCUUUUCUAGUCACCUGUUAUUAAAGUGUAAAUUAAAUGCAUUUGAUCCCAUUUUUUAAAUGAUUAUACAGUUUUUUGAGCUAUUCCUUAUUCUACCUGAAGUUUUAUUAAAAGCAUUUAACUUAAUCUACCUAUUCUAUUGUAUUAUAUAUAUACACGCCGAUAUUUAUUAAUUAAUUAGUAUACACACGUGCAUUAUAUAGGAAUCCACUAUGAUAAAAAAAAACUGUUCUGCCUUUUAAGCAAAAAAAAAAAAAAUGGAAAAAAUACUCAUGCAGGUCAUUUAAAACGUUUAUGUAUAUAUAUUUUGGGAUUGAAGUUUUCGUGCCACAAACUUUCUCAAAUAACUUUCAUGUUACAAUUAGUGUUACUGAUAUGUUGUGAACUAGUUCUGUCUCCAUUUUGAAGAGUUGUGUGUGCGUGGAUAUUUUGUGUUUGUGACAUAUCAUGUUUCAAAUCAUUUUAAUACCAACCAUGUGAAAGUAUGAAUCAUUAUGACUACAUUCCUUCUGUGUACAUAACUGAUGCUGUGUAUAUUAUAAUCCAUUAACGAUAAUAAAAAAUGGUACAACCACAAAU